GUGCCCCGCGGCGGCAAGUUGGGCGGGGCUUAGGAGAGAGGGGCGGGGGAGGCAGCGCCGAGCGGGGCAGGGAGCGGCCGCCAUGAUCCGCUUUAUCCUGAUCCAGAACCGGGCGGGGAAGACGCGUCUGGCCAAGUGGUAUAUGCAGUUUGACGACGACGAGAAGCAGAAGCUCAUCGAGGAGGUCCACGCCGUCGUCACCGUCCGCGACGCCAAACACACCAACUUCGUGGAGUUCCGUAACUUCAAGAUCAUUUAUCGCCGCUACGCGGGGCUCUACUUCUGCAUCUGCGUGGACGUCACCGACAACAACCUCGCCUACCUGGAGGCCAUCCACAACUUCGUCGAGGUCCUUAAUGAGUAUUUCCACAACGUCUGUGAGCUCGACUUGGUCUUCAAUUUCUACAAGGUGUACACGGUGGUGGAUGAGAUGUUCCUGGCGGGGGAGAUCCGUGAGACGAGCCAGACAAAGGUGCUGAAGCAGCUGCUGAUGCUGCAGUCACUGGAGUGAAUGCGGCCAAACCCCCCACCCCCCUUGGGACCAGGACCCCCCCUCGGGACCAGGACCCCCCCAAAACACCCCCCCGGGGGGCACCAGGGGCUCUCGGUGUCACCUCCCCACACCCAUGUCAUUGUGUCACCCUCCCCC